AUGGCUGUGCGGGUCUCACCAGCCUGUUCAGGCAGGACACUAAAAAGAUGCCCCGCCUCCGGCAGAGCCUGCACUGUAUGGGAGGCGGGAGGACAAAGAAGUAGUGGCUGUGAGGAGGAAUGCACCACUGCCCACAACACUGACAGCCCCAAAGCCUCGGUCCUUAUUUUAAAAUAUGCUGGCCUUUCUGAGAAGAAACAGACCAUCCUUAACCUGUUGGCAUGCUGGGACGAUGACACUGCAAAUGUUAUCAUUUCAGAUUUUGGGUACCCUACUGGAGGACCCGACUCUGGAUACAGGAGCUGUAAGGUCAUCAAGAAUUUACACACCCACGCUAAAGAUGGUAUUUACACGCUGACCACUGAAGAGGGAGAGACCUACCAGACCUUCUGUGAUAUGUCAACCAAUGGUGGAGGUUGGACGCUGGUGGCAAGUGUACAUGAGAACAACAUGAAUGGGAAAUGCACACCAGGAGAUCGCUGGUCCAGCCAGCAGGGAAACAACCCUAAUAAUCCAGCUGGAGAAGGGAACUGGGCAAAUUAUGCCACAUUUGGGCUACCAAGUGGUGCAACCAGUGAUGAUUACAAGAAUCCAGGAUAUUAUGAUAUUACUGCCAAAGAUCUGGGUCUGUGGCAUGUUCCCAAUAACACACCGUUGUCUGUGUGGAGGGAUUCAUCUCUAUUGAGAUAUCGUACAGACAACAGUUUCUUUACUCAGGAGGGUGGUAACCUCUUCCAGCUUUACAAGGUAUACCCUUUAGGUCUGGCCACAUGCCCUCGGCACUGGGAGGGUGUCCCCAUCUUUCUGCAUUAUUUAUAUGAGUUCUGCAAAAUAAUGAACACAAAGUUAAUGCACCUUUCUCUCGCUACAGGCGAGUUCACUGCCGGCUAUGUCCAGUUCCGAGCUAUUAACACGGAAAGAGCUCCCCUGGCUCUUUGUGCUGGUGUGAAAGUGACGGGCUGUAAUGGAGAGCAUCACUGCAUUGGAGGAGGUGGAUACAUGCCAGAGGCAUCACCUCGUCAGUGUGGAGACUUUGCAUCCUUUGACUGGGAUGGCUAUGGAACACACGUUGGAAGUAGCACCACCAAGGAGAUCACUGAGGCUGCAGUCCUACUCUUCUAUCGUUAAUCUG